AUGAAUGAUGAUGACAGUGCUGGGUAUGAGAUGAUAUUAACCUGGCUACGACGAGUUAAGACGGACAAAAAAGAAGGAAAUGUGGCUGUAGGGGAGGGAGCGGGGCAUCGCGGGGGAGGGCGCGGAGACCGAGGGCAGGGAGCCCAGCCCGCCGCGGCGGGACCUGCUGGCCAGGCCGCCGGGGACCCGGGGCGCGGAGAGCCCGCUCGACCCGGUCUGCCAGGUACCCGGCGCCCGGGGCCGCAGCCCCACCCCCACCCGGCUCCGGAGACCCGGCGGCCUGGCGCGGGUCGGCGGCGCGGGCGCGAGGCUGCGAACCGGGGGCGGAGGCGGGCAGGGCAGGGGCCUCGCCAACUGUCCCGCGGGGCGCCGCAGCGGGCAGGCCAGGAGAACGCCGCGAGGCCGGCGGUGAGGGCGGCAGGCACAAUGGAGGGACGAGGCCCGGCCACCCGGUCCCGCGCCCGCACUCCCAGCAAAGUUUCCGUUCCGCCGAGCCCGCACCCCCACCCCGCCCGGGACCAGGUCCCUGCGCCCUCCGCCCGGGACUCUACUCGGGACCCCAGAGCCACCGCGGCGUCGCUGCCCGCACAACAAAGAGACACACCAGGCGGCGCGGGUAAACAGCGGCGGGCGCCUCGGGAGGGCUCCAGCCCGCAGCCGCCGCUCUCCGCCCGGAUCCCACCUCUCCCGCACCCCCGCACCCUGGCUCUCAAACUCACCUUCACUUUCGAACUGAGUUCCGGUGAAAGGGAUUUUCGCCCUUCCCGGGUGCAGGUUAAGCUUUUCGGAAUCCCCACCGCCUCCUUAUUUCUCUUCUAAUUUCUGCAAGAAAGUCUAGGGAGUUGGAAUGGAGUCAUUGAUCAAACAUUUGAGUGCUUGCUGUAUACUAUGCACUGUACUAGAAGCUGCAGAAAUAUGAAGAACUCACUUUCUAUUGAUGUUGAAAGCAUGGAAUUCCUGAGAGACAAACCAUUUAAUAAAGACACAAAUGACAAA